AUGGCUAUUGAAUCCACCUCACUUGCCAAGCAAGCCUUUGCUGGCCCUGAUGGAACCAUCAAGACACUCGCAAGUCAGGUCGACGAGCACCUGAAGGGAAACUCUGAUGCCGUGAUUGUCGAUGUCGGCCCUGUCUUCGGACAACUGAACGAGCAGACCGUUGGCAAACUUGAUGAAAAUGUUCAAAUCAUGAUCGCUGGUAUGACUAAGUCUAUCGCCGGUAUUCCAAUCCCUGAGAGGACUUAUGAAAAGAUCCUGGCUCUCUUUUCGCAGAGUCCUCUCGUUCAGGUACAUGGCAACGGAAUUUCUAAAAGUGAUAGCCUCAUCAAACAGUCUGAUUCCGAGUUCAAGACGGAUGGUUCCCCUGACGAUAAGAUCGUUCAGGAGGUUGCUGCUUGGUUCCGCCGCCUGGUUGGUGAGGAGAUCAUGGCAGCCACUAAUAUCGAUAUCAGCGUCCUCGGCAAAGUUGUUGCGCAGUCUGGUGUGACUGCCAAGGAUCUCUCUACUAUUUUCAAAGGCAAGGAACAUGCCGAGAAAAGCUUGGAUGUGGCUGGAAUCCGUUACCCAGAGCCAGGUAGACCCAAUUUCAGUGUCUUCCGCAUCCAUUUGACCGCGUGGUCCGACUCCGACCGCAUUCUUCACAUGCAGCACGACAGCAAUGGCAUCACGGGUGAGGUCUUCCAGACCGAUUACGUGCCGAGAUCGUCAGUCAUGGAUAACUUGAAGCCUGAAGUACGCGAAAGGGCUAUCGGUGCAGCGAAGGGUAUGUUCCAGUAG